AUGGCGGAAGAUGGAUCAGGACCACGUUAUGAUGAAUGGUGUGACUACGCCCCGGUAUACGCCAGGUCGACGAGGGCGGACCCGCCGCGGGGGCGGGGGCGGGGCCGGGGCCGGGGACAAGCGAAAACGACAGGCGAGUCAGCCAAUCGAGUCGCGGGAACGGCCGGCGGCGAUCCGGUGGCCCAAUGGGAGCGCCGCAGAGGGCUUGGCCGAGUGGAGGAAGCGCGGGCGCGACAACGGGCGUUGUCGUGGCUGACGAGAUUAUCGGGGCGCGGGCCGCCCGGCCUGGUGGCGCCACUACUAUCUUCGGAAAGAUCAUCGGCAAGGCGCUUCCCCGGUACCGUCAGCGACGAGGACGAGGAGUGCCUCGCGUUCCACGACCUUUCACCCCAAGCUGCGACGCUUUUCCUAGUCGUGCCUAAGGAGCCAGUUAUGGGGUUAUCUGAAGCAGAAGAUUCUGGGGAAUGUUGCCUCGCGUUCCACGACCUUUCACCCCAAGCUGCGAUGCUUUUCCUAGUCACGCCUAAGGAGCCAGUUAUGGGGUUAUCUGAAGCAGAAGAUUCUGGGGAAUGUCUUCUUGGGCGUGUAAUGGUUGUUGGCGAGAAGCGUGCUGCUCACCUGGGCCUGACCGAUGGAUUCCGGAUGGUUGUGGACGAAGGGCCCGAGGGUGGGCAGUCUGCGUAUCGCAUACAUCUACGUGUUCUGGGUGGCUUUCAGUUGGGCUGGCCACCCGGCUGAGAGUUCUGCACCGCAGGAGUUGCCGCACGUGUACAAAUGGCCACUGAAUGGAUUUUAUCUGUUGCCUGUCAAUCUAGCUGCUGUUGAUAUGCAAGUUUUUUGUGACGUGUGUCUGCGGAAGGUAAUAAAAGCUUUGAGCGGCAGUUGCACAAUAAAGAUUUAGCAUGGGGAUAUCA